AUGAAGCUUCCACAAUCUUCGCAUCGAGAUAAUGCCUCCCAGAAGGAGCCGAGUGUCCGCCGCGUUGGUCAGGAGCUCCCAAAGGUGGCAUCCACCUCGUCUAAAAGUCACUACAGGCCAACGAAUCGCCGCAUUUCCCUCCUAGAGCAAGAAAAUGCAUUGCUGCGCCAACAGCACGCCCAAGAGUCGAGCGUUGCAGUCACUGUAGAUGCACUCGUUUCGGUGAGUCCAUCUGUAGGCCAAACCGACUCGCCGAUCGACCGCCCCACGGGGAAAAGCACCGGGUCAUCACAUCCCGAAGCCCCCGACGGCGCCCGCUACAAGAACACCCCUUCUUUAUACCACGGGCCUACAAGUACUGCCUAUGACGAUACUGCUAAAUCUCAUGGCAGUGGAUCAAAUGACUCACAGGGUGCGACUCUUGUUACUGAGGAAUGGACAAGAAGUAUUCUGUUUGCUGAAACUGCGAGACAAAGACAGCUAGAGUCACUGAAUCUCGCCGCAGGGAAGCUUGACUUCGAUGGCGUCGACCCGGAGACUGGCAUGGAACUGCUGUCUAUCUACUGGUGUCGCCAGCUGUACACCGCGCAGAUAAUUUACCGACCGGCGUUCAUGCGGGACAUGGCAUGCAAUGGUCCUUAUUUCUCAAAACUUACUUUGAACGCCAUAUUUUUCACCGUGUCGAAGCAUUCUUCUAGACUCAGUAUCCGAUCUGACCCGGACGACAUCACUACCGCAGGAUGGAGCUUUCGCCAACGAUUUACCGAGUUGUUGCGCGACAGUUUUGACAAGAGCGAGAUAACUACCCUUCAAGCACUCUUGAUAAUGUCGAACUCCUUGUUCUCAAGGUGUGAUGAAAGGAGUCUAUCUUGGUUAUAUGCAGGUAAUGCCUUCAACAUGAUCAUUGACCUGGGGCUGCACGUCUUGCCAUCGCCUAGUGAAAUGACUGCAGAAGAUCUUGAGAUCCGGAAACGAGUCCUUUGGGGUGCCUACGCUAUUGAUAAAAUCCAAUGUCUUUUUCAAGGAAGACCGCCGCUUCUUCGCUACAUGAAUUUUAAAGCAUCGUUGGACUUUCUAGACGACUACGACGAACUUGAGGCAUUCCAAGAAAUCACAUACAACCCAGUCAAAUCACGAUCUGUGAUUCCGUCCCUGAAUGUGUCCCUGCUCACCAAGCUUUGCGAGUUAUCAAUCAUCAUUGAUCGCAUACUCUGUGAACUUUACUCAGAGUCACAACAAAUGACCCCGGCUCAAAGUCGGGCCAUAUCCGAAAAUAUCAAUGCGGACUUGGCAAAGUGGCGACAGAGUCUUCCACCCCAGCUGGACUGUAUCUCCCAACCAGAACACUUUGUUGUUCUGCCCCAGGCCUUUUGCUUGCUGGCCCUCUUCAAUGUUUUAAUUAUUCUUUCUCAGCGACCCCUCUUCACCGGAAGCUACAGCCGUACUGCGACUUCAGACACUGCCUAUGAGUCUGUGAACAUAUGCACAACUGCGGCGAAUCAAAUAGUCCAAAUAAUCCACGACUAUUCCCAGAACUUCUCGAUUACCACCGCGCCAUACAUGCUCUCAUAUGCUACCUACAUCAGCGCAAUUAUUCAUGCGCGAGUGGCUGCGCAAAUGGGCCGAAGCUCGACGUCAUACCCCUCGCUGACGUUCUGCCGGCAUAUCUUGAAGGAGCAUCAGAAGCUCUAUGCUUCCGCGGGGAAAGCCAAGGCAAAUCUAGAUAAGCUCAUCUCGCAUCUCGAUAUUGAUAUCUCCGAUGAUGAUGAUGGAAAUAUCGCUGCUUCUGUGACUGUGGUUAGGCAAGAGCCGCCUUUCGUCAGUGAGAGCAUUCUCCUGCCAGGCGCGUCUGCUCCAAUGCCGCAAGGGACCUCAAUACAAUCUCCGCAAGUGAACUGGGAGCUAUCCGAUAUUGAUCUUGAAGCGAUUGCGCAGAGUUUCCUGCCGGAGAGUGAACUGCAUUAUUUGAUGCACCCGUCCGGUCUAUCAGGUCCUCGAUAA